CACACAACUUCAGCACAGCUUCACACGCGCUAUAAAACAGUUGUAUUGCUGACUGCGGAGGCGUCAACUUCGUUUUGUCUCUUGUGUCUCGUGUGUAUUGUGACAAAUUAUAUGUCAAAUUACUAGUUAAUUACACGCGCAAGUAAUAAUAACUAAGGACUAAUUUUGUGUCUCUCUGAGUUUAAACAAGGGCCUCACCAUGGAGCCCUCAGCUGGCGGCAAUCUGUUGGAGAUCAUGGAUCUGGCACGGACACUGCGCCAGGAACAGCUCUUCAUACAGAAUGAGCAGGCGGCCUUCGCACAGCUGACUACCGCCUUGGAGACCAAUGCGACGACAAUAACAAAGCUGGCAUACAUCUGUGCCCAACAAAGACAGAACCUACAUGACCUGCUGCUGGCCAGAACGGAUCAUGAUCCGUUCCUAUGUUGCCGACGUGCUAGCACCUACGAGAAUGCCCCAUUUGUGGAUGCCAAGAAGGUGUUGCCCUACGAGCACGCUCUUGCCUAUGAGGACCUGUUCAACUAUUUGUACAAUACGCCGUAUUUGCUGGCCUUGUCGCUGGCAACGGCUGAUCGUUUGUCGCUGCUGGCGCCGGCGCAGCUGGGACAGAUAGUCAAUACGAUUGCCAGUGGACUCUAUGGCAAUGCGAUCAACACAAAGGAUGUGGAGCUGCUGCUCAAGUUGCUGCGCGAGCUGAUCGAACUGCAGCUGAUGAACAGCGAGCAGCCGCGUCGCCUGCUGCGGACAAAUGGCAGCGCCUUUGCACGUCUCUAUCACCGGCUGGUAGAGUCUCUCUUCUCUGCUAGAAUCUUUCUAACAUCGGCCCUGCACGAGCCGCUAAUGGCGGUGCUGAGCGAACACGAUGUGCUGCUCGACGUCGAUCCACACAAGCUACUGCAGAGUUUUACGGCGCGUGAGCGAGAACGUCGUUUUGGCGAGGAUGCCAGCAGCUCCGAUUAUCAGCACAAUGUGGCACGCUUUCAUGCAGAGACGCUGGGCAAGCUGCACGCGCACGCACAGGCCUUUGUGCGCAGUCUGAAGAAGAGCUGGGCCUUGUUUCCUAGCUCGUUGCGCUGGCUGCUUCAAACGCUGGGGCAACAGUUGCGGCAGACGCAGCGUCACAGCGACCACGAGAUACGGCAGCUACUCACUGAUCUGGUCUUCACACACUUCAUUUGCCCCGCCAUUGUCAGCGCCGAUCUGCUGGGCAUCAUCGACGUCAACGUGGGCGAGCAGAUGCGUCACAAUCUCAAUCAGAUUGUGCAGCUGCUGCAGCGUAUGGCGUUGAGCGACGAGGCCAGUGAGCUGACACAGCUCAUGGAGCUGCUGCUGCUGGGCCAAACCGGUGAGGAUGUUGUGGCCAUUCUGCCACAGCAGAGCGACUUUGAGCGCGGCCAGUUGGCCAUCAAUCAGCGCGAGCUGCAGCAAUUUGCGGACUUCUUUCGUUUGCUGGCCGCACGGGUCGAGUACGAUGUCUCCGCCGAAGAGCGGCAGCGACUGCAGCGCAUCUUAUCUCGCAUACCCAAGCCGGAGGGAGACAGAACAGCAGCUACAUGCAUGGCCCCACCCGAAGCGGUGUCUCCCGAGAAGAAUGGUAAACGCUCGAAUAAGGGACUCAUGCGUCUGGGCAAGGCUACGAAAAAAAAGCUGGCGAAGGGCAUGAGCUUUACUACCAACAGCAACAGCAACAUCAAUAAUAACAACAACAACAACAACAACAAUAACAAUAUCAGCAUCAACAGCAGCGGCAGCAGCAGCAACCACAUCGUUGACUUGGGCAAUGGCAGCUCGGCAAAUGGCCAUAAUGGUGACAUGGAGCAGUGCUCCUCCUCGCAUAGCGGCAGCAACACCAGCCUCAGCUCCUGUGGAGCCGCCAGCAAUGGUGCAGCCAUAGCGAUUGCAACAAGUGUUGCAGCUGGGGCAACUGUGCCAGAUGCAGACACUCCUCUUCCAGAAGGGGAUGAGCGUGUGCUGAUGUUUAGCAUUUACAAUGCGGCUUCCAAGAACAAACUGAAGCCGCUCACCGAGGAGGAUUUGCUGAAGAUGAACUGCAUUGGCCAGGAUAUAGUGCCCGUGACUGGGGCAGCGGCAGCCGCAUCCUCCAAUGCAGACGAUGUCAGCAGUUUGGAUGCGAUGCGCCGGCCACAUGACGACGCCUCAAUUGGCAACUCGGACAACUUGGAAGCGAUUAGCGAGGCAGCACAUUCGGCCAAUCAUUCGGUGGUUAGUUCUCUGGACUUAGAGGAGCAGCAAGAACGCGAUGCGCAUGACGUGGAAAACGAUGACAAUUUGUCGGAUAUGGUGUCCGCCAAUGUGUCCGGCCGUGGCACGCCCAACAUUAGUGGACGCGACACGCCUUCGUCACAGGUGACGGAUGGCGAUGGUGCCGGCGGUGACUUGACCCAUCAUGCGGCUCGGCCCACGCCCCAAAUGCAAAAGAUGUUGCUGUCCAAGGCGCGUUCCGACAUCGAGGAUAAGUUCUGCAAGUUCGAACUGAAAAAAUUCGAGGGCGAUGAGAACGUGAGCAUCAUUUCAGACACCUGGUCGACGGAUGUGCUGGCCAGUGACUCGGAGACGACACUGGACGCCAGCAACGAGCAGCGUGAGCGAGAAAGGGACAGGGAGCGCGAACGCAACUUUGCCACACCACUGAUACCAUCCGCUGUGGUGCUGCCAGGUGACAAUAACAACUUUGUGGUGGAGGCACUAGCCAGAGCUGCUGCUCCAUCGCUGGAUGCCUCUGAUCAGCGGUCCGAGUCCAACUGGAGCACGGAUGUGCUGGCCAGUGAUUCCGAGAAGCUGGCCGAAAUAGAUACGGAUGAUAAUGCCAGCAUAACCGCCAAGUCCGAUAUUGUGGCUCCCAUGGUGCCCGCUGUUGUUCUCGACGACGGGGAACAGACGCCGGGCAGCAGUGGCGAUGGUGACGCAGAUGCCGAUGGAAAUGGGAAUGCCAGUGCCAGCGAGCGCAGCCAAGAGGACUCGGCCUUCUUCGAUGCCGUCAACUCGUACGAGGAUGCGCAUCUUUAUCAGAUAGCCUCGUCGCUGGCUCGCAGCUCGGUGCGCACCAGCUACCAUGGCCUAGGCAGUGACAGCGGCGACAGCAGCUUCCAGCAGCAGUACAAAUGCAGCGGAGCGGAGGGGCGAAAGAGCACGCCGCUCAUGGGCAUCGCCUGUAUGCGGCGACAGACGUCGGCGGAGAGCAGCAUUUCCAAUCAGAGCCUCAAUUUGGAGGAGCCGACAACAACCAGCCAGUCACAGCAACACCACCACCAUCAUCACCACCACCACCAUCACCAUCAUCAUCACAAGAAAAAGAAGCAACAGCAGAUGCAGAUGAUGGCAGCAUCGGUGACGGCCAUUGCAGCCAGCGAUCACCAUGACCUGAUCGACUUCAGUGACUACAGCGAGGACAAGGAGGAUCCGCCGGGCCUGGUGCAGCAGCUAAUGGACAAAUUUGGCAUCGAACACCACAUGCGCAGCGGCGUCCAACAUCGUCGUAUAUCCAUGGAGCAGCGCACGGCCAGCGAGGAUGGACGCCGCAAUGGCAUACUGGCCGGUGGCAGCGAGCGCCGUCAUCAGAGUCUCAACUACGAGAACCACGAGAUCAUGCUGCACGCCAUGCUGCCCACCCAAGCCAAAACGGACGAUGAUAAGCAGCAGGAGCUGCAGCUGCUCUGUGCCCAGGCCCAGCAGCUGCAGCUGUUUGACGAUCCACCCGCCGCUGCUGCAGCAGGCCAAAGCAAGCCCAGUAAGGCAACCGGCGCUAUACCAAAGAGCAUCAGCUUCGAUGCCAGCGCUGAUAAGGAUAAACAUCGAGCGCAGCGCGAUCUGCGAGAGCACGGCAUUCUCACCAAACUGCGACACGGCAUCUUCAAGAAUCGGCGCAGCAGCAGCAAUAAGUCUGCAUCAACAUUGUCGGCAAGCCAGCGCCUGGCCAGCGGCAGCAGCAACAACAACAAUAACCAUGGCGGCAGUAGCGGCGGCGGCGGAGGCGGCGGCAUGAACGAUUCAAAUCGCAGCACCAACUUCGAUCGAAACGCCGGCUGCAUCAGCUUUGGCGCCCACUUCUGUGAUAGCAGCGAGGACAUUCUGGCCAAAUACAGGCGCAAGGUCAGCAGCUCCAGCGAGGCAACCAAUUCCGAUUCCACUGGCAAUGGCCACGGUAUGCCCCAGCCACAUAGCCAGGCCAUCAAUGGCGGGCAAAUACCUGGCGUGGUGUUUAGCAGCGUUAAACAAAAGCUUCGCACGGUUCUCUCAAAGACUGAUCUGCACAGCGGCGACUUUCGACAGACAACACUGAGGCAGCUGGAUGCGACGCCAUUGCAGAUGUAUUUGCAAAUCCAGCUGGCGCAGUGCACCAGCUUGCAGCGCUUGCCGCAGAUAUCGCAUGUGGCUGAGGCGCUGCGCUGUUUGGCGCAAUUGGAGCGGCCGCAGCAUAGCCAACUGCUGCUAGAGCUGCAACAUGAUCUGCAGCGUAGGCAGAGCUAUCUGCAGUACCUGCUCGUGCAUCGCCAGCAACUGCUGCUGCGGUCCGAGCAAUUGGAGCAGCUGGAGGAGCGACUGCGUGGCGAGGCGCGCAGCUGCCAGCGCUGCCUGCUGCAGUCGCUCGUCCGUUUGUAUUUGGCGCGUCAGCAGGCGCAGCUACAGACCUUCCAGACCGAAUUUGCCCAGCUCAGCGUUAGCGACGAGCGGCUGGAGCUGAUCGAAGAGUUUAUCGAGAGUCUGCUGCAGGAGCUGCACGAUAGCGGCCUGCAGGACGAUUGGCAGCGAGAGGCCGCGCGUGUGGCCAUUGAGCGCCUCCUGCUGGAGCAAAUGUACGAGCAGGUGAUGUUUCCCAAUGAGGAUGCCGACGUAUCCAGAGACGGUGUGCUAGCGGCACACAUUGGCAAGCUGCAGCGUUUUGUGCAUCCGGCGCAUCCAGCGCUCUGCAUUGCACAGGAAUUUCUGGGCGAGGCGCCCUGGACCUUUGCCCAGCAGCAGCUCUCCUACAUGGCCGCCUACAAGACACCGCGCGAGAAGCUAAACUGCAUCAUCAACUGCAUCUCCAGCAUCAUGAGCCUGUUGCGUAUGUCCAGUCCCCGUGUGCCAGCCGCCGACGAUAUCUUGCCCGUGCUCAUCUAUGUGGUCAUCAUGGCAAAUCCACCGUAUCUGCUGUCCACCGUGGAAUACAUCAGUUGCUUUCUGGGCAAAAAGCUGUACGGGGAGGAUGAGUUCUACUGGACGCUCUUUGGUUCCGUUGUCAAGUUCAUCAAGACCAUGGACUAUUUGGACUAGGUUGUUAUAUAUAUAUAAUCAGAUAUUUGUUUAGGUCAAAGUAUUGGAUCGCAACGAGUUUAGUUAUAUGUGUUUCUCUGUUCUUAACUUGGUGUCCAGUCAGCGAUUGAUAUAUAUAUAUAUGUCUACUCUCUAUAAUGUAAACAUUUGAAUGAAUAUUUCACAUAGUAGCCGAUAUAUAUAUAUAUAUAUAUAUAUGUCUGUAUUAAUGUUUAAAACUGUUAUUAAUAUUGAAAUCCAAGAUGGCUAAAUCAAACAAGUUAGCCAACCGUGGCAGCUGCUCAAUAAUUUGAAAUUUACCGAAACGGCCGCCUAAUAAAUAUUUAUCUAUAUAUAUUUGUAUACCCGUACAUACUUAGUAGGUACCAUAGUACACACACGCAUAUAUACAUACACUUAGCUACAUACAUAUAUAUAAGCAUGCACGUAACAUGAAAAUCAACUUAAUAUUCCUUAUUGUGUAACACAAAAUAAAAUAUAUAUAU